AUGCGAGUCGAAGAAGGGUUUCAACCCCCAUCAUAUGUUUUACCACAUCCGUACAGCGAAGACACUGUACUUCCUUCGUUGCUGAAGCGUUUGGCUCCUGAACCGUUGAGGAGUAAUAUCGAAAGGGAUCUCAUCCGCUGGGGCGAAGAUAUUCGGGGUCCCAUACAGAAGAUCGGUGCACUCGUUGAUCAGCCUCAUACCCAACCUUGGGUCCGGCAGUACGACAACUAUGGAAAGCGUAUUGACGAGCUUUUCACUUCAGAAGGGUGGAGGAUCAUCAAGGCGAUCGCAUUCAAGGAGGGUCUCGUGUCCAUUGCAUAUGACCGUGCAAAGUACGCCGAAUGGGCCAGAGUGUACAGUUUUCUCAAGAUCGCUGUCGGUUCUCCCGAUUUAAGGAUGAUUAUGUGUCCAUUCUCCAUGACGGAUGGAUGCGCUCGAGUCAUCGAACUCUACGGGACAGCUCAGAUGAAAUCAGAGAUAUUACCACGUCUUCUCUCGCGGGAUCCAUCGGUUGGUUUCACAUCAGGCCAGUGGAUGACUGAACGACCCGGAGGCUCUGAUCUCUCACAAAUUGAGAGUACUGCAUCCCGGACGCAAGAGCACGGGUUUGGAAGCGAACUGUGGCGCAUCAAUGGCUUCAAGUGGUUUUCAUCUGCGACAGAUGGUGAUAUUUCCCUCGCUCUUGCUAGAACCGGCGAAUCAUUAUCUCUGUUCUUAGUCCCCGUCAGGGUGCCACUUAUCCCUGGUCCUCCUGUAGGCUCGAUUGCACUGGGAAUCAAUGCGCGAACCAUCCCUCAGCUGCAGCCUGUGGAUACCAAGCUGAAUGGGAUCCGCAUCCAUAGGCUCAAGAACAAGAUAGGAACCCAGCCCGUCCCCACAGCAGAACUUGAGCUGCAUAAUACGCAAGGAUAUCUUGUAGGGCCGCUCAAUCAGGGCAUUAAAAGCGUGAUUCCUGUCCUCACCAUCACACGUCUUCACUCUGCCAUCAUGUCCAUCUCAUGUCUAGGACGAUCACUUCAGAUCGCCAAAGCUUAUGCCAACGUUCGAGUGAUCACCAAUUCGAACGCUGAAAGCGGAGGGACGUUAUUGCGUAAACUUCCCUUGCACACCUAUACACUUGCCAAAGCGUCUGUUCUCUACAGAGCUCUUACCCAUAUGGUGUUUGGAGCGGUAGUAUUGCUGGGGCGAUCCGAGAACGGCAACGCCUCCGUAGAAGAAUUCGCACGGUUGAGAUUGCUCAUUCCUGUAGCCAAAGGUUUUGCUUCGAGCUUCGCAGUCAGCGGGAUGGAGGAGUGUAUGGCUUCCAUGGGCAGUCAGGGAUACAUGGAAGAAACAGGUAUUGGAAGGAUGAUACGUGACUCCCUGGUAGAGAAAAUCUGGGAAGGAACUGCGAACGUGCUUGCCCUUGAUGUCCUGAGGGCGUGUAAGGACGCGGUAGCUCUCGAUUCUUUUUACGCAUGGGGCAAUGGGCUAGUCGAAAGAGCAUCAUGCCUAGAAGCUUUUAAAACUGUGGAGUUUCAACUUGACGCGUUGUCGGCAUCGCUACGCCUUGUCGCGCAGCUCCGCACGCUACUUGUUGGAAAUGAGUCUCUCGAUCCAAUUUUUCCACGCCCGUUCUUCUACUUUAUCGGCGAGGCUGCAUGUGGGCUCUAUCUCCUCGAACACGCGCUCUGGUCGGCUUUCCAGAUUGACAUCGCUGAGGCAGAUGCCAGGAUCGACAUCGAGGCUUUCGCGCAGUGGACAAAUGAAGGGCCAUCUGUGAAUGGUACUAAUGGGGGUGGAGUGAGGAAAGCACAGGAAGAGGUCGAACGCGUGCUGGCCAAUGGGAGAAAGGUUCAGUCGGCGUGCGAGAUGCUAACUUACGGAGUCCGCCAGCCUGCAAAGUUGUAA